AUGUAUCGUCGAACAGUAAUGCGCAUCGCUCCCUUCUCGUUACCGCGCUACUGCAUAGUUCCGGGAAGAGCGUGGUGGUGGCUCAACAAUGAGACAAUAGACAAAGGAUGUUUCUCUGCAUUGGGCGUGGUGCCUGUCGCGUUUGCACCGUCUCGUCGGCGAUUGCUGUCUCGUUAUACCACUGCUGUUGCUACACGAAGUGCUUCGAAAAUGGCCUGGGGUGAGGCUUCGUCAGAGCAACCCAAUCAGAAUGGAACGGAGCCGCUUCCGCGCAAAAAAUUGGUUCCUAAGGUUCCCGGCGCAGCGAAGUACAAGCGUUGGCGCGACGAGCCCCCGACGACAGCACCUAUAUUCACCCGGCAAUGGCUUAGUAACUAUCUGGAAUUCACUGCACCAUCGCUGGCUCGCGCCUCCUUCAACUCCGAACUCGAGGCUCAAGACAUUGCCUCGCUGCUAAAACACGCCAACCAUCGAUUUCGCGACAAAUUCGGCAGUGGUCUUGCAGAUUUACUGAACGAGGUUCAGCAGUGGCUGUCAGGCGCAUUACUGCAGUACUUCGCGCGUCCAAACAUCGCGAACGCGGCAGAUUCCAACGCUGGUCCUAGGCUAGGGGCGCGGAACAGCAGCUGCAAGAGCGCGCCGCCUACUAUGGCGCCCCAGGUCGCGAUGACCCCAAUGCUGGGCCAGUGUUUGACCGCUAUCAACGGCUACGUGCAAGCACAAAACGAAGCACAGCUCACAAGCAUCUUGACCUUCGAACCACCCUUUCCAGAUGACCACAGAAAGAUGAUCGAGGAGCUGCGAAGAGCCUUUCCCAGCGGCGAUGAAGAUUCGCUCGAGCAGAAGUGCACUUCGUCACUAGUAGCUGCUCGAGAAGGGUUUGGCGGCAAUGGAACGUGGACUCCUUUCAUAUCUUUUGUCACGACCUAUCUCACUUACCUUCGUGACGUCGACCUCGAGCGGAAUGGAUACCUGGAGACCUACAAUGCUCUGAUCGCGCUGCAAGAGAAAGCACAGAGCGCUUUGGUGCAUCCAGCUUACGGCCACUUAAUGCUGUUGCCAGUUGUGAAUUGCGCCAAAUUGGUCUGUCGCCUCGCCAUUGGACUCGACAAACAACCCGAGUUGAUCGCUCAUCUCAAAUCCGACACCAACGCGAAUGACGAUGGAGAUGGCGGUCCCAGAGAUACACUCCCCGAGCGGGCAGCGGACACUCUGCGAAAGGCUUUCACAACCUGCCUCAAUGACCGUACCUCUGGCCUUGGCAAAGACGGAAGACCCACUGGCAAGAAGAGGGGAAUCUACAAGAUCGCGAACAUAUGUUUGAAGAUCUUGUUCCAAUGCCGAAAGACACGCAACGCGACGAUGAUCUUCAUCAACAUCGGAAAUCAGUCACCUCCUCUUUCAGCAUACCCGCGAAGCGAGCAAGUCACGUACUUGUACUACCUCGGACGAUUCCUGUUUCAGACGAAUCACUUUUACCGAGCGCAAGAAGCCUUGCAACAUGCCUAUGAUCUUAGUCCAGCAGAUCCGUCAUGCGUCAGACAACGAAGGUACAUCCUGGUCUUUCUCACGACAUGCAACCUCAUUCUCGGCCGCUUCCCGUCUCAAGCUCUACUGGAACGACCCGAGGCAUUACACUUUCAACAACACUUUGGACCGAUCAUGCAUGCCAUGCGAACAGGAAAUCUUGCUCUAUUCCGAAAGCAUCUGGAUUAUGACUCGCCUUCAGCAGAUUGGCUCCUUCACUUCCGUGUGCUAUUGCAGUUACGCAACAGGUGUGAAGUGCAUGUCUGGCGUGCUCUGAUCAUUGGAACUUGGCGCAUAUCCGGAGCCAAGGGUCGGCCAGAACACGCGGGUAACACGCUCGUCGACAUCAAUAAGCUCACGCAAGCCUUCUCCCUUGCGGAAAAGCUAUCAGCAGAUCCUCAAGCAGGAACGUAUGUGGACCCAGAUUUCGAUGGUGCAGAUGGCAUUGGA